AUUCUGGAACAAACAUGGCACGACCGAAAGUAAAAUUAAAUGAGGAUCCAUACUAUGGGCCGCUAAUCAACGACUAUAUCACCAAAAUCAUUAAAUCCGGAUUUUUGUUGGAUGAAGAUAUGGAAUGCAUUCUGGACGAAUUUACAUCUAUCGAUCCACCUCCAUCGCAGAGACACGAAAUUCCUAAAAAAACUGCUACUCAGCUUUUCGUCACUGUUACUGUCAGGUCUUUUAGCUAA